GUAUAUACCUACUUAUUCAACUUCUUCUUCAGAAUCAUUGUCACUAUAUUCUUCUCUGGGGAAACUUUAAUCCUUUCCACGAAAUGGCAUCUUCAGACUUCCCAACAAGAACCCACACCACCACCCGCUCAUUUACCUAUUCGUACAUUCAUAUCCAGCCCUCAUCCCCCUCAAAAUCCUAUAUUCUUUUUCUCCAUGGCUUUCCCUCCUCCUCUCGUGACUGGCGCCAUCAAAUAACCUAUUUCUCCUCGAAAGGUUAUGGAAUCAUUGCUCCUGACCUUCUUGGAUUCGGCAACACCUCCAAACCACUCUCAAUGCAUUCCUACAAAUUCAAAGACAUGGCCUCGGACUUAUAUGAGAUUCUUUCCAUCCACUCCAUUUCUGCAUCUCAUACAGCAAUAGGUGUAGGUCAUGAUUGGGGAAGUCCUAUGCUUUCACGCAUGGUAAAUUAUUAUCCGGAAUUAUUCAAGAAAUUGGUGUUUCUUGAUGUGGGAUACCAGGCCCCUGAUGGACCGGCUUUCAAUUUCGAGACGGUGAAAAUGAUUAAUGCUCAAAUCAAGGAGGCGGCUGGAUUUGAGAUCUUUGGAUAUUUCUUUUUGAUGAAUGAGGAGGAUGGUACAGAGUUGCUGAACAAGAAUCCCGAAUCAGUUAUGUCCUUGUAUUAUAGCCUUGACAGUGAGAUAGGCAAAGAGUAUAUGGGAGCUACUGGCGGUUUUCGUAAAUGGCUUGAGGGGGGUAUGUUAGCUCCUUAUCCAGAUUUUAUAAAGAGUGAGGACGUUGAACAUUUCAAAAACAUGUUCUCGCCCAAAAACGGUGGAUUUGGCGGUGCAAAAAAUUGGUAUACUAUGCAGCUUCAUGGGAUUAACGAAGGUGAUGAUAAAGCAAUCACCAAAGAACGUACAAUCGUUCACCAACCAACUCUCCUCAUAACGUCUACCAAUUUUAUCAGCUCUGGCGCCGAUUUUCCUUCGCAAAUGAGACCUUAUAUUCCAAAUUUUAGAGUUGAGAGAUGGGAAUGUGGUCAUUGGAUUCAGCUUGAAAAGAGUGAUGAGACAAACGCACUUUUGGGGGAGUUCUUUGAGGAGAAUUAACCAAAGAAGGAGACGGAUAGAGUGCGGUACAUAAAUUCGAUGGCGGAGGGAUUUUGGUCAGAUGAUAUGAUUCCAAUUCUUCACAUUGAAGUUGAUAAAUGUCAACAAUAGGAGUAAACGAAAUUAUUGAAAAGGUUCAUAUCGUAAAAAUGGAAUUGUAUUCUAGAUCCUGCACUGCCA